ACAACCAAUACACAGCCGCCACAGCAGUCGUUCGAGCCAAACGACAACGACCACAACAACCAUGAGUUCCCAAGCCAGCAAGCGAUCCAAAGAUGAGUCUGGGGAGCCUGUCCUCAAGUUCCGCAACUACAGGCCAACCGGCGACGCCUUGGCGGCGUCACCGUUCCUGAAGGCCAAAACCCAAGCAUCCGAUACACAGGAGGACGAAGACGAUGCUGCGUUGCCGUUUGACUUUCCAGACACCAGUGCCGACAAGGGCGAGGCGGAGCAAGACGGCGGUGCCAUGGAGGAGGCGGAGGACGAGGACGAGCACGCGCAGCCCAACAAGCACGCGCAGCACGCAGACAAAACAGAGGAAGAAGAUGAGCUUGUGCGGCCACCAGAUGCCCUCGAACGCGAUGUUCAGGAGCGUUUGAAACAGAUGGACGAGGAGGACCCCAUGAAGGACAUCCAAAGCUCAACAGUCGAGGACGUGCUGAGCAUAGCGCCUCGCAAAGUCGACUGGGAUUUGAAGCGCAACAUUGCGCCGCGUCUUGAGAAGUUGGAGAAGCGAACAAACCGCGCCAUUGCCGAGCUCAUCCAUGAAAGGCUGAGGGACGCAAAAGAGAAGCAGAAGUUUGAGGCGUUGCAGUCCAAGGCGUCCGCCUGAUACGAGACGUGUUGUGGUGGAAGGAAGAGAGAAACGUGAGAGAAAGGGCGAUUGGGCGGGCUCGAGCGUGGCAGUAAGGGUUGGAAGGUGGCAUGGAAGGGCCUUUUGUGUGGGAUGCAAGGACGGGCGUGUGUGCACUCUGUGGUAGUUUUGUGGACAUGCACGGUGGGCGAGUGGAAGGACACUGGCGUUCGUUCUUGUUAACUGAGAGAUUGAAGCAUCGAAAAGUACGCCGUGCGUGCAUCGAAGAGACACACAGCGAACCAAGCACGCACG